GGGUGGGAGGAAACACCGGGGCCGUGGGUGCAGCUCAGCCCUGGGGCCACCCUGCUCUGGCUUCCCCGUGGGUGGGAAGCCCCCAGCCCCAUUCCGGUGCCUCUGUCCCUGCAGGUCCCUGCUUCCAUCCCCCCCAUGUCCCCACACGUCCCCCCCUGUUCCCCCUCCUCUCCUCCUGCCCCGCGGACCCCACCUUGGUGGGGGGGAUCUCUGGGACGCCGGGGGGGCUCCGAACACCGGGGUGCCCCCCGUGGGUGGUGCCGGGGGGGAGCUCAGCCCUGUUCCGGGCCCUCGGGGCCCCCCCGGUCCCGCGGGGCCCGUGGGCGGCCGUGGCCGGCGCACCCAGCGCGGGGGCCGCGCUAUUUCGGGGCCUCCGACCGCAAGGGAAACAUCCGGGGGCCGGAGAGGGCGGGCGGGGCAGGGCCGGGCCGGGGGACACGGGGGACACCGCGCCAGCGAGCCCCGGCAUCCCGGGACACCGGCAUCCCGGGACAGCGGCACACCGCGACAGGGCGACAGCGCGACAGCGGGACAGGGCGACAGGGCACCCCCGCGGGCAGGACCCACCCCCGGCAUCCCCGGCUGCCAAGUGCCAUGGCCGCGAGCCCCCGCUGACAUCGCCCCCCACGCCUCGGGGUGCCCCCGCUGCCAUCGCCAUGGGUGACUCCUACGCCGCCGCCUUCCCCAGCGCCCCGGGGCUGCUGUCGCCGUCCGCCAGCCCCCAGGCGUCCCCCGGCCCCUACGGCCCCGACUACGGCCCCUUCGGGCACCCCUUCCCAGCGCCCUCGGGCGCCCAGGAGGUGCUGGGGGCCCCCGUGGUGGUGGCCAAGGGGCACCCCGCGGGCGAGUGCCUGCCGGGGGUGUACCCCUCGCUGGAGAUGCCGCACCCCUACGGCUCCUGGUACAAGGGCGGCAUCGGCGGGGGGCUGCCGGGGGGCUCCGGGCCCGCGGCCCCGUCCUGGUGGGAUGUGCACCCCAACGGGGGCUGGCUGGGGGGGCCGGCGGGCGCCGAGGGGCUGCAGGGCUCGCUGCAGGGCCAGCCCACCCUCAGCCCCCCCCUGCCCACCUACGGCUCCGAUUUCGGCGCUCUGAACCCCCCUCCUUACACCAACGCCCCCGCCGCGCCCCCCACCCCUAAACCCACGCCGGGCGAGACCCCCAAGGGUCCCCGCGGCGGCUCCCUGGGGGGACGCCCGGCGUGCGAUUGUCCCAACUGCCAGGAGCUGGAGCGGCUCGGGGGCGCGGCGGGGGCGCGGCGGAAGCCGGUGCACAGCUGCCACAUCCCGGGCUGCGGCAAGGUGUACGGCAAGGCGUCGCACCUGAAGGCGCACCUGCGCUGGCACACGGGCGAGCGGCCCUUCGUGUGCAACUGGCUCUUCUGCGGCAAGCGCUUCACCCGCUCCGACGAGCUGGAGCGCCACGUCCGGACCCACACGCGAGAGAAGAAGUUCACCUGCCUGCUGUGCAGCAAGCGCUUCACCCGCUCCGACCACCUCAGCAAGCACCAGAAGACCCACGCCGACCCCCCCAAGCCACCCCCCGGCGCCGAGCAGCCCCCCGCGUCCCCCCGGCCGCCGCCCGCCUCGCCCGGCAAGGACGGCGGCAGCCCCGAGGCCGGGAGUUUGUUGGAGAUUUGAGCCUUUCCGCCUUCAUCUUCCUCCUCCUCCUCGCCGCUGGGGAUAUUUAUUACGGGGUGCUGCUCCCCCCGCCAAGCCCCCUCCCCCUCAGUUCCCCAGCUCCUCGUUAGCCAUUCUAAUUUAUGUCUUAAAUUAUGGGGGGGCUCUCCGAGCGCUCUGGGGCUCACGGGGGGGGGUGUCAAGGUGAGACCCCCCCCUUUCUGUUUUCCCUUCCAACCCCCCAACCCUUCUUACCCCCAGCCCUCGCCUCGCCCCCCGCACUCAGGGACAGGGUUUGCCCCCCUCCCCCAGCCUGGUUCAUCAGUGCUAAUGUAACGUGUCCCCCCCCCACUUUUUUUAGCUGCCUGCCCCUCCUGCCCCCCCGGAAAAAAAAAGCAAUAAAAGGAUUGAGAGUGGA